UCGACUAUCGGCAAUGGCCGUAAUGGCUGCGCGCUGCAAGUUUCGUGAUGUGUGCAGUGUUUCUUCCGCGAAUAACGAAAUGUCAGAUUCCUGACUCUCGUCUGAGGCAGCGACAACGUGCCAAAACGCAGUGCGCACCUCAAGACUGAUCGAAACAGCUCGGGUCUCUUGAAAUCGUUCGUUGCGGGCCAAGAAGGGAGAGGAAUUCGUCGUGAUCGUCAUGAACUGCGCCGGCUGACAUGACUUCAGACGUCGCGCCGAGACUUGUCCGUGCAAUCCACAAUUUCAAGGGGAAGAACAAUGACGAGCUGUGCUUCAAGAAAGGUGACAUUCUGACAGUAACACAGGCCUUAGAUGGAGGCUGGUGGGAAGGCACCCUCCAGGGCAACACUGGCUGGUUUCCUAGCAACUAUGUCAAAGAGCACAAGCCCCAAGCUGGCGAUGCGGCUCGGGCUACUGGAGUCCAGGUCCGGGCGCUUGACCACUCACUCAGCUCAAGGCAUCGAAACAUGGUGUUCAAGGACAUCCUGGACACUGAAGCAAGCCAUGUGCACGAGCUUAGAACCUUGAUGAGCAGCUACCUACAGCCCCUUGAGAAAUCUGGCCUGCUAAGUGAGCAGGACCUGCGGCAACUGAUGGGCAACCUUCCCGCCGUGCUGGAGGUGCACACAGAACUGCUGGAGUCACUGGAAUGUGUUAGAGAGCAGCCAAGCAGAGAACAGCGGGUGGGCGGGGCCUUCCUGCAAAUCGCAGCACGAAUGAAGGCGACACAGCUGGUCUACUGUGCGAAUCAUCCUCUGGCCAUUCAACUCAUGGACAUGCUGAAAGAUACACUGGGAUCAUGGCUGGAGCAGCUUUCACCACCUGGUGCGACCCUUCUGACUCUGACAACAGGGCUGAGCCGACCGUUUCGCCGCCUCGACAAGUACCCAGCUUUGCUCACUGAGCUCCAGCGGCAUACUGAGGAGAGCCACAUAGACCGUGGUGACACACAGAGAAGCGUCUUCGUCUACAAAGAGAUGGCCGCCAGCUGUUCUGCCAUGCGGCGGCAGAAGGAGCUUGAACUUGAAGUACUCGCAGGCACUGUGGAUGGUUGUGAAGGAGAGGAGCUGCAGUGCUUAGGUGAGCUGCUGCACGUGGGGCCUGUAGUACUGUUGACGGGAGAGGAGCGGCGUGACCUUUACCUGGCACUGUUCUCCAGCUGCCUUGUGCAGCUGUCCCUUUCCAACGGGCGUUUCUCUUACCAGGGUCGCCUCCCUGUACCGGGAUUGGCAGUUUUAAACUCCCAGGAUCCAGCUGAUGGCUGUGCCUUUGACAUUCAAGGUCCUUCAGUGCCCCGCAUGACAGUGCUGUGCCGGAGUGCAGAAGAGGCCACUCAGUGGAAGGCCAAGCUGAGCUGUUCGCCACCUCCACCACCCGCACCCAGUCCUCUUCGACGGGCAGUGGCGCAAGUCAGUGCCCCUUUACCAGCACCCACCGUCACAGUGGUUCGGCCAAUGGAAACUCCGGUGCCUCAGCGCCCCUUGCCUGUUGUGCUCGGGCCAUCCACUGAGAGAACACCUGUGCGAGAGAGCUCAUCAACAACACAGAGUGGUGGCUGGUGCCUUCGUCCACAUCCACCGCUGCGUCCCCGACCGACGGUUGGCCGUGCCCCGAACCGGCAUCACAAGCAGCAACGGAAAGCUGGCAAGGCAUGUUGUGAAUUGUGGCUGGGCGGCGCCUGUGCAGGUCCUGCUGAAGACAGGGCUCCACAUGUGGACGACAUGCAGCUGCUGCAAGUCAUUGAGGCCUACUGCGGCAGCAGUUCUCGAGCAAGGCACACGGUGAACUCAGCAUUGAUGAACUGCCCGCAAGUCUUAGUUGCAGAGGAUGAGAAAAUUAUUGUUGAAGACACCAAAGGCAUGGAGGAGAGAAGCCUUGUUGACACUGUCUACGCCCUGAGAGACCAAGUCAAGGAACUGCGCACUGAGACGAGCCAACUUUCACGUGCACUCGAGGAAGAGCGACAGGCACGAAUGCGACUGGAGUCCAUGCUACGACAGCACCUGUUACUAAGCUCCUGCGACCAACCCUUGCUCAUUACAGAGUCCUGACCAGCAUGCUACAAGGCCACCGUUGGCUGGCCAGUCAUGCAGUUCUCUGUUGCUCUUACGUGGUGUGUGUGUAUCCAAAGGACACUGCAGUGGUGCCAGUUGCUGCAGUACUUCUCCAUCCAUUUGUUGUCCAACUGCCCGGCAGCUAUCUCUAGGCACAAUGGCAAAAGGCUAGCUAAUUUACCAUUGUGUCUUGGCUCGACGUCUUGCAGCGUUACAGCAUUGGCAGCGUUCCAACAUUCGCGUCUAGGUAGCUUGGUGCAGGUGUUCAGGUGUGAGUGCAGACAGCCAGCUAGACCAGCAUCAUCUUCUUCGUAAACCUGCUCAUGCUGUCGGUGUUGUGGAUGGCAGAGAUGAAAUGGAAGCUUUUGUUCUCUCCCUAGACUGUUCAGGAUGCGAGGACUCUGCUCCCUGAUGGCGCUGUUCUGAAUGGUGUGAAGACGGCCAGAGGAUGGAUGACAGCUAUUAUCAGUAAACCCUUGUUAUGAACAUGCUGCUGUAGUUUUUCAGUCCUGCAGUACUGCCAAAUAAUGUUUGAUGACAAAUAAUGCCAUUUUGCUGAGUUAGUUUCAAUGCCUGUCUGUGGUUGCAUUGAUUCAGUAUUGCAGUUUUUUGUAAAGAGCCAUUUUAUAAGAUGCUAAUCACAGUGCAGUCGUUCAAGAAUGGAAGUAGGCGACCCCGGCGUAAUCACAAAAUGUUGUGCCCAAGUACACUGUGCAUAGAUAUUGAUUGUUGCAUGGGACUUGGGGAGUUGAGGCAGAAUGCCACGACUAGAAAGAAAACAGUAAUUUUUAUUGUAGGAUCGUGUUGAAUGUAGCAUGCUCUGGUACAAAAUUGUAGCACCUUCAAUGGUGACUGCGUGUAAUGAAAUUCCUGUAGAAAGUCUGCGUAGAAGGCAGUGUACGUGUCAAUUUCUCUGGGCACUGCAAAAAAACGAGUGAAGGCGAGUGCAACGAUCCUCCUUUACAGUGACAACCAGAUGAAAAUUAGUGGUUUUUAAACUUCUCACAGGUGCUUUUUUGUCUGCAGAAGUAAUGGUAGCUCAAGACCAUGAGGAUGUAAGAUAACAAGCUGACUCGUACAGCACCUGAACCUUAAUUUUAGUUGAAGCAUGUUUCAUUUACCUUCUGUCAAGUGAUGUAUCGAUUACUAUGGCCACUUUAUGUACUAUUUAAUGUUUGGCAGGCUCUGCGGAGGAGUAUUUUGUGCCACUGUGUUGUGUGAAAUUAUAGUGGCUGUUUUGUAAAAACUGACUGAACCAUUGAGCAAGUUCUCAAACUGUGCUUACAUUAUGAAAAUGCAAAUAUGCUCAAGAAAAUUGUGCUGUUCCAAAAGAUGUGGUAAAAGGCAGUUCCCAUGCAAACUCUGUUGCUACACUGCAUAGUGCAGAGCUUCGGUUAAAAUUUGUUCUAUACCAGCAGUGGAAGAUGUAUACCUCAGGGCAAGAAAACCAAAUUGACCUACAGACAUUACUGUUGGGAAACAAGAAAUGCUUAUGCUUGGAAGCGCUUGUACGCAUUAUGCGCGGUCCUCUUCCGAAGCACAGCCACAUAAGGCCUGGAGAAGCUGUCAGAAAGUUUUAGCAUAAUGUCUUGGAAAUUUCUGCAUAAAAGAGUUGCAUGUGGGCAAAUGUCACUUUCUAGAGCUGCCCCAUUAUGUAGCAAAUUAAAAUACACAAGUAUUUUUGAAACAGUGUCUUUUUACGAAAAUAACAUUGUAGCAAAUGGUACAGUGUACUUGCACACAUUUAAGAGCUUGGAUAGAAAUAUAGAUAUACCUCUCACAUUAAAAUGAUGCUUAUUUGGGCAUGAAUGCCACUUUUUGUCAUUCACAGACCGUUUAUCAUCACUGCCGUUGCAAUGCAGCUUCAACAUGUGCAAAUUGUCCUGCAUUUAUGCGCCGCACUUAUUACGAAAGAGCCCAGUUGUCAGACUUUGGGUUCGUGCACAAUUCAUUGUUACUUUCAGUUCAGGCAGGCAUUAUUAUCGGGUGAUUCUUUCAAAGUGUGCUUUAUGGCAAUUUAUAAGGAUGUUGUGCUGCUAGAAAUAUGGCAUUGAAUUUGUGUGAAGAUGCUGUGUAAAUGUGUCCUCGAUUGUGUAUGGUUGAGAAACCAUCCAUGGGCAAUCCAGAUUGUACUGUAUUAAUAAGAUGCUAAAACUCGUUAAUGCUGUUUUCUCUCUGUGAGUACACUUUUGUGGCAAAGAAGGGAAGACUACAAAAAUGAAGCGCCGAAAAGUAUGAUUACAGUUAGUCCCACCUACAAUGUGUGAUACCUUCUUAAGUUUUUGUUGUGGCUAGAUACAGAGACUGUGAGCUCAUUAAAUGUGAGCUGUUUCAACCA